AUGGCAGGCGGCGACAUGCUUCCACUCCCGCCGCAUUUCCACCCGCUUCAGGAGCUCUGGCCGUCGCUCUUCACCCCCUCCUCGCUCUCGCUGCCAUCGCAGCAACUCGCCGAGUCGCUUUUCGACGUCGCAGGCUUCGCCGUCUUCGCGACGCUCUACGCGUUCGCGAUCUCGUUCGUCUUCCCAUGCCCCCCGCAUCAGCCGCUCAUGCUGGGCAAAAUGUCUCCGCAAAUGAGAAGAUACAUUAAUUUCGCAGGAGUGAUGGGAGUGCUGUGGCCGCUCGCCCUAAUAGCAUCCGGUUACUACCUGCGAAAGAGCAUCCCCGAAUUCACCUGGGCUCUCUCCCUCGUCCUCCCUGACAUGCUGCUGCUCGUCAUCCAGGCCAUCCCUGAUUUCACGUGGGCUCUCUCCCUCGUCCUCCCUGACAUGCUGCUACUCGUCAUCCAGGCCAUCCCCGAAUUCACCUGGGCUCUCUCCCUCGUCCUCCCUGACAUGCUGCUACUCGUCAUCCAGUUGUCUAGAACAUUCAAGUUCUUCCUCCACAAGGCCAUCCCCGAAUUCACCUGGGCUCUCUCCCUCGUCCUCCCUGAUAUGCUGCUGCUCGUCAUCCAGGUGUUUGAGCCACUUGAUGCUGCAGAGUGUUUGAGCCACUUGAUGCUGCAGAGUGUUUGA